AUGGACCCCUCUACCUCACAAACCCAGAUCCCCAUUGUGGAUUUCUCGGGGUGGACCUCGGGCGGCCCCAGUCGCCAGCGUGUAGCACAAGAAAUCGUCGCUGCUUGUAAGGAAGUGGGGUUCGUCUAUAUCAUCAACCACUCCACUCCAGACGCCCUCCUUGAUGAAGCGUUCCACUGGUCUCGGCACUUCUUUGACCUGCCCACGGAAGAGAAGCUGCGUGCCCCUCAUCCUGACGGGUGGGCUGUGCACCGAGGCUAUUCGUGGCCGGGCUUGGAGAAGGUCUCGCAGGCUGUCAGCGCAGAUAAUGAUGAUGAGCGGACUGCACAAUUGAGAGAGGUUCCCGAUAUCAAGGCGAGUACCCGGUGGGCUUGCGAGGAGAAUUCGGCACAACCAAAUCAAUGGAUUCCCGAGGAUACUCUCCCCGGGUUCCGUGCUUUCAUGAAUCAGUUCUACUGGGAGGGUUUCCGAGUGGGGGGCGAAAUCCUGCAGGCUCUAGCGGUGGGCCUUGGCCUCGACGAUGCGAAUCAUCUUCUGCAAAAGCAUUCGGGACAUAAUAAUCAGCUCCGACUUCUGCAUUAUCCACCCGUACCGGCCGAUGCCUUGGAACAAAACCGAGCAGCUCGUUGUCCCGCACAUACGGAUUGGAGCUCUAUCACCUUACUCUUCCAGGAUGACUGUGGCGGCCUGGAGGUAGAGGACAUCCACAACCCUAGCCACUUUAUUCCAGCAACGCCCAUCAAGAAUGCCAUCGUUAUGAACGUGGGUGAUCUCCUACAGAGAUGGAGUAAUGACCAGUUGAGGUCAACUAGCCAUCGAGUUACACUUCCACCUCUUGCCGAUCGAAUCGAAGGAGAGGCUCGCAUCACUCGUAGGCGGUUUUCUAUCCCCUACUUUAUGGCUCCCGAUCCCGACUCGGUGAUUGAGUGUCUCCCAGCUUGUAUGGGUCCCGAUGAGCCGGCAAAGUAUGAGCCGAUCACUCAGGCAGGGUAUAAUCAGAUGCGGGCUUCUAUGCAGUAUUGA